CUUUUUGACUUUAUCUAUGAUUUUCACAUGGCUUUCAAUUUCGACGUUUUUGACACUGACGAUUUUUGAGUGCAAUGCAAUCAGACAUGCACUCAAUAUAACAAUACUAAACCUCAACUAAACCUGCUGUAGUCGCACGUCGCACUCGAGUCGAGCAGCUACUACUCUACUAUUCUAUUAUCUAUGACUAUAUCUUAUCCGGUAUCUUAUUUAUUUAUUCUGUAUAUGAUAUGAUUCUAGUUGUGUACUUCAUCAGGAUUCUUUGGUAUUAUGAUUAAUUUACACUUAAUUAACGAUGUAGUUUAUGUAUUUAACCUAAAUGAUUAUGAAAAGUUAAGAAAACAACAUAGAAUUGUUGGGAAAAUCGCAGGGAGUUCUCUUACAGCAGCUUCUAUGCCUGUGAUUCUGCUACCAGAAGAGGUUUAUCUUCUUGUUACUCGUAAAUUAGCAAAUGUAGUUACCCUUCCAGAAAUAACAGAAGAACCACUUGAAGAAGCAGAAAAGAAAUUUAAGAAUUAUACUGAAGAAUUGUACAAAGAGGAACAAGUAGUAUUUAAAGAAAUACGGAGAAAAGAAUUGGAAGGUAUGAUAGAUAAAAUAGUUGAAGGGAAAUGUAAUAAAGACAAAGAUGAUGUUGCUAUAAUACAUUCCAAAAAGGAAAUAUUGGAGCAAGAGUUAGAAAAAUCAGGAAAUAUAUCAGAACAACAUAUGUUGUGGCCAAUAGUUACCAAACAUUAUAAUGAACUGACUGGAAAACUUAAGGAAACUCCAUUAACAGAAAUACUUAAACACACUACAAAUGAAAAAUGUAAAGUUUUUGAUGACCUCUGGAAUAAAGGUUAUUAUAUAACUUCUGGAAAUAAAUUUGGAGGGGAGUUUUUGGCUUAUUUAGGAGAUCCUGUUGCAUUCCAUGCAGUCUUUAUAGUUCAUUGUGUUUCAGAGAAUGAGUGUAUUUUUCAUCCAUGUGAACUUGUAGCACUAGGAAGAUUAAGUACAUCUGUUAAGAAAAGAACAGUUUUUGCCUUUGUAAAAUCAAAUAAUGAAAUUUCUUACUACACUCUGAGCUGGUUUGAUAGUUAACACAGGUUAUUUUUUUUUAAAGGUAACUUUUUGUAAUUGUUUUCUAAUUUAUUAUUUUACAUACAAAAUCUUAUACAGUAUCUAUUAAUUUAAAGUUCUGAUGUUGAGGAUUUGGUAUUACAUUAAAAUACUUCUUAAAGAAAA